GAGGCUCCAAAAAUGAUACUUCUACAUGAAUUCCAACUCCAGAGCAUAGCGGUGGAGCUAUGUCUCCUGCUUUUUCAUAGCUUUCAUUGAGAGUAGUUUGGAAAUUCUAGUGGAACUCCAGAACUGUAUCUGAAGGUUCAAAGUCGAGCGUUUUACUGCCAGCCGAAAACUCUUGGACAAGCGUAUAGUAACGCUCUAGAUGCUUAACGGCACUGUAAACUAUUGCGAUCACCCGCGUGCCAUGAGGGCUCCGGGCAGUGCCUGAACUCUACCCGAGCUUCGGGCACGGGAUGUACAGCACAUGCACCUGUCAGUGUCCACACAGCAUCACGAAAUACCGCCCGCCUGCCGGUUGACCUCGAAGAUGCCCGGCUGCCUGAUAAUGCCCGGCUGCGUCCGCUCGAGAGCUAAUCCGUAUUGCUUUGUUGUAGUUAGUGUCAUAACAUAACGAGUAUCGGUGGAACGAUCAUCACCAUCAUCCGACUAGACAUAAUCCUACUUCUUUUUUGUUGUGUGUGUGUGUUUUUUUUCAACGUUCCUAUUCCACUGUUGAACAUGCCGCUGCAAGAUGCCCAAAAGUGGCUGACAGUGGUGCUGACAGUUUCGAUUGUGACCGUGGCUGCUCUGCCGGCGACACCGACAACCACACCGGAACCGGAAACGGAUCCCAGCCUGCAGUACGCAGGCACCGAACGAGCGGUUGGUGCGGUGCGUAAAUGCUCGGAAACGUCAACGCUGCUGUACGUGGAGACGGUAGUCGUGCUGAAGGACGACCUGACGAGCCUGAUCAAUGGAACAAUAGAGAUUUCGAUUGGCAAACCCGUCACGAUCGAAUGUGUGCGUAUCGUGGCCAAAACGGAACAUGAUCGAUCGGCGCUGCAGGGGUACCGGUUCGUCAGCCCGACGGUAAUCGAAGUGAGCGUUGCCGAACUUCCGCCGUCACAGUCAACGGCGCUCGAGUACGCGGUGUACGUUUACGGGUCAGUCGGCCGAAAAAAGAAAACAUCUGGUUUACCCCGCUAAGCAUUUGUGGCUAUUUCAAACUUGCAAGAGCCUUAGAAUACUGAGCAAAUUAUAUAUUUUUUAAAUUUGUUUCUGAGUCUAGAACAUUAUUGUUUUAAUUUGUUGCUAUUAAACAUUAUAUUUAACCCUAGACACACGCUACAUUGCGUUAAGGGAUACAUAUAAUUAAAUGCAUUUUGUCGUGCCAGUUUACUGCGGCCUUUGUAAAAUAAAAAUAAAAACUGUGCUUGUUUAUUGA